AUGACAGGACGAGAGAAAGUGGAGGAAAAGCCACACUCCAAGCUUCUAACGACUCCGACUUGUUAUGGUGCUGACAAGUCACACAUCAGGGGGUCGUCUGGAUUUCGAUCCAAAGGCUUCGCCAUCACCGACCUGCUGGGCCUCGAGCCUGACUUCCAGCCGCGUCAGUCUGGUGCUGUAGAAGUCAGAGGACAACACGAGGGCAGUGAUGGGGGUCACGGCACCGGGAUCGGAGGCUAUUCUUUGCCUGCAGGGUCUCUGCCACUAGGUUUGGGUUUCCUCUGCAGUCUGGCAGCUCAGCAGCCUCCUGGUACUCCAUGUUUCCUCCCAGGACACAUCCCACUCCUGCAGUCCCGCACCGAACGCCAUUUCAACCACAAUACUGAGCCACAGCGACUCGACGUCUAUUCUGAUGAUGACUGUCUCUCCGGGGAUCAUAAUGAAGAGAAAAGCUUGAGUAACCCUCAGAAACGGAAGAAACGUAGGCACAGGACGGUGUUUACGUCUCACCAGCUGGAAGAACUAGAGAAGGCUUUUAACGAGGCUCAUUAUCCAGAUGUUUAUGCACGGGAAAUGCUGGCUAUGAAGACAGAGCUUCCUGAGGACAGGAUACAGGUCUGGUUCCAGAACCGUCGGGCUAAAUGGAGGAAACGUGAGAAGUGCUGGGGCCGCAGCAGCGUGAUGGCUGAAUAUGGCCUGUACGGCGCCAUGGUCCGUCACUCCAUCCCUUUACCAGAAUCCAUCCUCAACUCCGCCAAAAACGGCAUGAUGGGCUCAUGUGCGCCCUGGCUUCUGGGGACUCCUCUCACUCUGCAAAAUCAGGACAAGCUAUCACCAACAUCAAGGACUGGCCCCAGUCUGAGAGGAAUGCAUAAAAAGUCCAUGGAAAUGUCCAAGAAAUCCACGGAGGGUCCAGAAUCCACCCACUCCGAACCAUACCCUGAAGAGACGAAAGGGAAAAAAGGAGACACCACAUGGCCGAGUCGAGGGUCUGGGACGGAUGAGUUGGAGGAUAUGGCUAUCGAUUUAUCAAGCACAUCCAAACAGGACACCAAGAUCACUUCGAAAGUCUCGUCUCCUCAUCCUGAACUCAACAGCGACACAGAAAACGCGAACUGAAAACGGGACGUGUUACAGAGACUGGUGAAAAAGUGGACCUUUAUGUUUAA